GAAGGGAGGGGAAAAGGCGAGGAGGGAAGGAGCUGGUGGGGCGGCUCUAGUCACCGGGAAGCCUCUUUUUCCUCAGGCGCAGAGAAAGGAACUGGACGCGGCGCGGGGCCCUUCUUUGGGCAGCCAGAGCAGCUUCUCCCCCUUGCGAAGGCUGAAAGGGGCGCAAACAAACCAGCGCCGGCAGCAGCACGUUAUUUGGCUGAGCGGCAAGCAAAGCCCGGGCGGCGGCGGCUGUUGCUGCUGCUGCUGCUUUGCUCAACGCGGCUCCAGCACUUUGCCAUGGGUUGGGGGCGGCAACGGCAGCCGGACAGCAGCAGGAACACCUGGGCUAGUCACUAAAGAACCCGAAGGAAGGAGGAUGGCCACAUCCAGCAACUCCAGUUUGUCUGGCUCCUCGGUUUCCUCUGAUGCUGAAGAAUAUCAACCUCCAAUAUGGAAAUCAUACUUGUAUCAAUUACAACAGGAAGCACCCCGUCCCAAGAGGAUUAUUUGUCCUCGAGAGGUGGAGAACAGACCAAAAUACUAUGGAAGAGAGUUUCAUGGGAUUAUUUCUCGUGAGCAAGCUGAUGAAUUACUUGGAGGUGUAGAAGGAGCAUAUAUUCUCAGAGAAAGCCAGCGACAACCUGGUUGCUAUACUUUAGCUCUCAGAUUUGGUAAUCAGACCUUAAAUUAUAGGUUGUUUUAUGAUGGGAAGCAUUUUGUAGGGGAGAAGAGGUUUGAAUCCAUCCAUGAUUUGGUAACGGACGGCUUGAUAACACUGUAUAUAGAAACCAAGGCUUCUGAAUAUAUUUCCAAAAUGACAACAAAUCCUAUCUAUGAACACAUUGGAUAUGCCACUUUGCUUAGAGAAAAAGUAUCCCGCAGACUGAGCAGAUCAAAAACUGACUCCAGAAAAGCUAGUGUAACAACAUGCGAAGAAAAUGCACCAGUUGAAAAGAUCACCUCUUUGGUCAGAAGAGCAGCAUUAACACAAAAUGACAGCCAUUUCAACUAUGAAAAAGCACACAAUUUUAAGGUCCACACAUUCCGAGGUCCACAUUGGUGUGAAUACUGUGCCAACUUCAUGUGGGGACUCAUUGCUCAGGGAGUAAGAUGUUCAGACUGUGGAUUAAACGUACACAAACAGUGUUCAAAAUACGUUCCCAAUGACUGUCAACCAGAUCUCAAGAGGAUCAAACGAGUUUACUGCUGUGACCUUACUACACUAGUGAAGGCCCACAAUACGCAGAGACCAAUGGUAGUGGACAUAUGUAUUCACGAAAUUGAAGCAAGAGGUUUGAAGUCAGAAGGAAUUUACAGAGUCUCAGGGUUCACUGAACACAUUGAAGAUGUCAAAAUGGCCUUUGAUCGAGAUGGUGACAAAGUAGAUGUCUCUGCCAACACAUAUCCCGACAUAAAUAUAAUUGCUGGUGCCCUAAAACUGUAUUUCAGAGACUUACCCAUUCCUGUUAUCACCUAUGAUACCUAUUCCAAGUUUAUAGAGGCAGCAAAACUCCCCAGUCCUGAUGAAAGGCUAGAAGCUGUCCAUGAAGUGUUGAUGUUACUUCCUGCUGCACACUAUGAGACUCUUAGAUACUUGAUGAUUCAUCUCAAAAAAAUUACCAUGAAUGAAAAAGAUAAUUUUAUGAAUGCUGAAAAUCUUGGAAUCGUGUUUGGACCUACUUUAAUGAGACCUCCAGAAGACAGCACUCUUGCUACGCUCAACGACAUGCGGUACCAGAAGCUGAUUGUGCAAAUAUUAAUAGAAAACGAAGAUGUUUUGUUUUAGAUUAACAAAGCAGUAAAUUGCAUAGCCAUCUGCUAUGAAAAUGUAAGUUUAAAGGAAACACAUCCCCAUACACAAACAAAAAAUGGGCAGCACUUCAUUUUCUGCAGUCUGGCAGAUGAACACCAAAACAUUUAGUAAAGGGUAUGUCUCAUAGACAUAUACCUCUUUAUUAUUAUUUAAAGAGAGCAAAGGUCAGGAAAAAUCCUUUUGCCUUGUAUCUUUUGCCUUGCUUCCUAUAUGUAGAAAGGUUACAGACUGUUCUACUGCUAACUUAUUAAAGGACACAAAACUUUGUAUGCUUAUUUAGAUCAUUGAAGCAAAAGGUACUUUAAACUUAAUUCUCAAAUACCAUGCUGGCACAAUUCCUAUUGAAAGGAACUGGGUCAGCACAGUGAUUUGUAGGAUUGUAGUUGUACCCCAAUUGAACAAGAGUAAACUAUCCGUGGGAACAGAUUUCUGCUGUCUCUUUGUUGGGAAUCCUCAUGCACAACUGCAGGCACACAGCCCACUUCUGAAUAUAACGAUCUGUAGAACACAGUCCUUAUGUGGAAAUAAGUGUCAUUCAAUUCAGUUGGGAUUUAUUUCCACGUGAUGAUAGCCAUAAUGUGAAGCUCAAGGCAUACGCUGGUAUUUUCAGUCGUUUCCCUCUUACAGAAAAUAAUGACAAAAUUGAAGUGGCAGGAUUGCAACAAAUGGCCAUGAUCCAACACCUCUCAUGCCAACCAGAGCUCCAUACAAGCAGAGGCUUCCUGGUUCUCUUUUUCAACCAGCAGAAAGUUCUGCAUACCUAGUGGAAAAUGUCCAUAUCUAUGAGGAACGUUUGCAUUCUUAGAAGGGAAUCAGAAAGCACUACACACACAAGAUAUUUGAUCUUAUCCAAGAUAUUUAGGAUCAGGGUGUUUGUCAGUGUUAGUUGUAUAUGGAUAUACAAUUUCUUUCUAUGUAAGACAUAAUUAUAUAUGUCUAAAUUAAAACAAAACAUGUAUUUAAAAAUAUAUUUUUACUUUAGUUAGCUGCAGGAAUGUCUUUUUUAUUUUAGCAAAAUAUAAUUCAAUGCGGUGCAUUGAUGAUUUUCCAUAUAUUCCUCUUAAGCAUUAUUGCUAAGGCAUAUUGAAAACAUUUACCGCUAGUGCAGUAUUAUCCUGACAUACCUCUUCCAUUGCAAAUACUUUUAAGGAAAUUUCAUUGAACAUGCAUUUCUUAACAUUUUGGGGUUUGUGUUGUAUUCUAGGAGUUGUUAGAGUUCUUUACUUUUAGAGGUAUGGUAUGGUAUUCUGGAACAAAUACAGUAUUGUUCUUAUCUUCCCCUCCAAAAAGAGGGGCAUUGAAGGUUUUUAAAACAGUGUUGGCACUAGCAUGAACUACUACACAUAACACUUGUUUUUUUUUUGGAAUACAGAAAUGUUUAAAAUAAGUGAUGCCAGGAUAUUGGAUAUUUUCUGGCCUUGCUGAAAAGUAGCACUUAUUUAGGGUUAAUUUGUUAUUAUUUUUAAAUGCCAAGUUGCAUUACUUUGCUUCUGUGUUUAUAAAAGAAAACCUGCUUAAAAUUAAACAUUUCUCUUCAAUGUCUUAUGGGAAAUUUGCUAAGAGAGAGAGAGAGAGAGAAUUGGUAUAUUACCAAAUCUCAGGGUGGUGGUAGUGGUCUAUCUUUCCAGAAGUUGACCUCUCAAUCUAAUAUAAAGCAAUUCAUUCUAAUAUUAGACUUUUUCUCAUCAUGAAAUUUUUGUACAAAUAUUUCAAACACAGGAAGGUAGAAUAGUUUAUUACAAAACUGAAUUUUCAAUAUGAAUAGCUCUGUUAAGCUCUCCUCUUGCUUUGUAUGAAUCACAAGUUUUGAAACCCAGUUAUGCUGUUUUCUGAAUUAUUUCAGGGAUCAUAGGUUUCUAUACAAUUUUUUUUAAAAAAUGUGUGUAACUUUGGUAAGGAAACAAAGAGUGAAGACAAAGGCGGCACAGGAAACAAUGUAUAUUAGUUAUUCUUUACACAGGUCACCAAGGGCUAGGUGGGCAGACCCAGGCUGCGGGCCAGAUGUUAGUGUGGUCUGAUUUGCUGGUACAAUACUACUAGAGAUUCUCCCAAGUUGUACAGAUUUAAUUGUUGUAGGUUAUGUACUAAAUACUGUCAUAAAAUGGUAUGGAAAUGGUUUUAUUUUGUGAAGUGAAAUAUGCUCUGUAAUUUAUGAUAGUGUAAAUGGAAAGAAGAAAGAAAUCUCAUUAAAUGUGUUGAGUCCCUGUCUGUAAUUUUCACUGUAAAAAAAACCAGCUUGGUUUCGCUAAACCUUUUUUACAUUUGCACACUUUUCAUGUAAUUUAUGUGCUACAAAUUGUUUAUGAACUUUGCAUUGCAGAUAGAACUGAGAUAUAAACAGCUCAAAUAACUGAAAUUUUUGUCAGUUGUUCUAACAAAUUCAUGCAACAACUGAACAAGAUCAUGUUACUUUUUACUUUUUCAAGCUUUAACCAGAUCAAAGAUAUAUAACUAAGGGUGCAAUCUUAUGCACGUUAGGAGUUGUAGGCAUUUUUUCUGCUU